GCGGAGGAGGCGGCGGCGGGCUGUUUGCCUGCCCCAACAUGGCCGCCUCCAGCCAGGUCACCAGCAUAGAUGUUAAAAACGGCGAAGAUCAUUUGAAAGUCCAUAAAAUGAAGAAAAAGGUAUUGAGGAAGCAGGUCAGAGCUCAACACACAUUGAUGAGACAUGAGGGCAUUGAGUGCACCUCCCAUGCCACACAGAGUCUGGUUAUUGCCAAUGCUGGUCUUGGUAAUGGGAUGAGUAGACACCAACUGCUCAGGAUAGUAGAAGAAUAUGGCUUGGUGGAAAUGCUCUUAAUGCCACCAAAUAAACCAUAUUCAUUUGUGAAAUACGGGACGACAGAAGAAGCCAAGAAAGCCUUUGAUGCCCUUAAUGGAAAAGAAGUAACACUGGAAGACUUCAGUCAAAACAUUGUUCUAUAUAUUAAUUUUGUGGAAAAAGUUUUCUGGAAGAAUGCUGUUCCAACAAGCUUGCCUCCAGGCCUAAUGGUCAUUGAAAGGGUUAUUUCUCCAGAGGAAGAAAGCAGGAUGUUGGAAAGUAUUGACUGGAUAGGAGAUGAAGAUACUCAAAAUGCCCAGAAGACUUUAAAACAUAGAAGAGUAAAACAUUUCGGAUAUGAGUUUUGCUAUGAUAACAACAAUGUUGAUAAAGACAGACCUUUACCUGGAGGUCUUCCUGAAAUUUGCGACCUAUUCUUGGAGAAGUGCUUGAAGCAGGGAUAUAUCAAACAUAAACCUGAUCAACUGACUGUAAAUCAGUAUGAACCUGGACAGGGAAUUCCUCCUCAUAUUGAUACACAUUCUGCUUUCGAGGAUGAAAUAAUCUCUCUCAGUUUAGGAUCUGAGAUUGUGAUGGAUUUCAAACACCCUGAUGGCCAUACAGUGGCAGUUAUGCUGCCCCGAUGCAGUUUAUUGGUGAUGGCUGGAGAAUCCAGAUACCUGUGGACACAUGGGAUUACACCCCGAAAAUAUGAUGUCAUUCAAGCAUCUGAGCUUGGGCAGAAAGUUGGAACAAUCACUGCUGAUGUUGGAGAUUUAACACUAAAUCGAAGGGAAACAAGGACAUCAUUUACAUUCAGGAAAGUGAGGAGAAGUCCUUGCAAUUGCAGUUACCCAUCUGUCUGUGACAGCCAGAAAGGACAGCAAAGACAGGCCCAACCUUCAUUUCCCCACAAUGAGAUGGAGGCCUCAAAGCUGGAGCAAGAAUACGUACACAAGGUGUACGAAGAGAUUGCCACCCACUUCAGCAGCACCAGGCAUAGCCCGUGGCCCCGAAUUGCAGAGUUUCUCAGGUCACUGCCAAAAGGGUCGAUAGUGGCUGAUGUUGGUUGUGGUAAUGGGAAAUAUCUAGGCAUCAACGAGGAUUUGUACAUGGUUGGCUGUGAUCGCAGCAAAAACCUGGUGGAUAUUUGUGGAGAAAAAAAUUUCCAGGCUUUUGUCUGUGAUGCCCUGUCGGUGCCAAUCCGCAGCGGUUCUUGUGACGCCUGCAUCUCUAUUGCUGUAAUCCACCAUUUCUCAACAGCGGAGAGGAGACUGGCUACUAUCCGUGAGCUAGCGCGGCUUCUAAGGCCCGGUGGAACAGCACUCAUUUAUGUCUGGGCGAUGGAACAAGAAUACAAAAACAAGAAGUCUAAAUACCUUAAGGAAAAGAUUGGUAGGAAAGGCACAGAGGAGGAAAUCGAUACUGGCACAGCCCAAAGACCACUUAGUGAUCAAACACCUGAUAGCAGCAGCCAAGACCCAGUGUGUUCUGACCAACUCCUUAAUGACUCGAAGGACAAAGGCAGUGACACAAAGCCAGUCGCAGAUUGCAGACUGCCCGUUCACACUAACCGAACCUCCUUCCACUCUCAAGAUUUGCUGGUUCCCUGGCACCUGAAAGGUGGCACUAAAAAGAAAGGGGAAAGCGUCGAUACAGUGCUGCUUCCAGCUGGCUCCAAGGAAUCCCAAGAACUCAGCCCUGUUUUCCACCGCUAUUACCAUGUGUUCUGUGAAGGGGAGCUGGAAGCAGCAUGCAGAUCCCUGGAUUGUGUGAGGGUUCAGAAGAGUUACUACGAUCAGGGAAACUGGUGUGUGGUUCUAGAAAAGUUGUAGCCUGUGCUAUUUCCUCCCCUACCUGUGGUGCUCUGUUUCUUUUCACAGUGUGAAAGGUAUUUUUAAUGCAGGCUGCAGUUAUUACCUCUUUUAAAACUGCAGAAUAAAGAUUGUUUAUUGAGUUAAUAGCAGUAACUAGCACUAUGUACAUAUCUUAACAAAAUUAAGGGCCAAACUCAGUUACCACCUCUGCAGAAUGUUUAUUUUACUUUUGUGAGCAAGAUGUAUUAAGUGGGAAAAUACUGGCCAUGAAAAUCAGUGAGGCCAGUGUCGAGCUGUUAAAGACAAAGGGCCUGGUUCUCCUUUCUCUUACACCGGUUUAUGCUGGUGUAGCUGUAGUGGCACACACAAGCCCACAGCUAAUUGGAAUGGAGCUCUGGGCAGGAAAGCUGAAGCUGUUGCUGUAUAAAACUGUGGCUCAGGGAGGAGGGAAUGAAUGGCAUAUGUGUUUUGCUGUUUCCUAUUUUCCUCCUCUGCCUUUGGCCUAGAGGGCAACUUGCUUGUCCUUGCUUCUGCUCCCAGCUGUCACGCUACGGGCAGAGGACGGCCCUGGGAAGACACGCAGAGGGGGAUUCUGUGCUGAUAGUUACUGUGAGUAAAUGGCAACACUGAGUAAUACAUAGUCAAGCUAAGAAAACUUAAAGAAAUGUGUCAAAUCAGCUGUGAGAUCUGGCUUGUUUUUCUACUUUUACUUGGCAUUGCAUACUGCUGAGAAACCUGCCUGUCAGUUACUAAGGCUGCAUUGUGUUUUGCAGGGGUGUCCCUGCGUGCUCACUCCCCUCUGGGACACUUCCCAAAAAGUUGAAUUCCCCACUGGGGGUGGUAUUGACACGGUUUUGCAUGGAGGCCCCUGAGCUGGCUUCAGUAGUGGGACGCCGUGCUUGGGUGCAGCAGCCCACCCAGUUCCCCAGUGGGCUGUGGGACCGGAGCGAGCCCAGGUGGCUCCCCAGUGCAGUGUCACACAGCAUCGAUGUGUCACUGGUGGCAGAGGGCAGGGACAGCUCCUGCUGGGGGUCUGUGCAGUGACUAACUCACUAAAUUGGGCUGCCCGUUAUUUCUGAUGCCUGUGGAUUGCAUUCAUGCAGACAAAAGUUGGAGGACGACAUCUCUUACGCUCUUUAUCUGCACGGCCUUGUGUUUGUCCGUGCCUGGCUUCCUGCUGAGUGCACAGCGGCUUCUGUUCCCUUUAUCUGUAGGUGCAUUUUCUGUAAGGAUACACAAUGAGCUGGCAAGAAACGCAAGUGCUGCUUGAAACAGCCCCAAAGUGUUGCUGUAUCUUGACCUAGACCUUGUGUGACAAAUGAGGAAUCGGGUCUGCAGCAGCGCUCGAUGACUCAAUGUUCUCUUGUUCUGCCUGGGGAGAGCUCAGAGGUGCUGGCUCAGAUUAACCGCUGGCUCUGAGCUGGCCUUGGGGUGAAGUGCUCUUCUAACCUAGGGCUCCAGUGCUCCAAGUACAACAGUCAAAUGUGGACUUCAUGUAACAAACUGAUCUAUUUUUCUCAGGCCCUGUGGCUCCCCCAGAGCUCUGCUGCCUCCCUGCGCUUCCCCAGCAGAGGCAGCAUCAGGUAGUGUCUGGUGUGCCAUCAAGCAAUUCUUGGCUGCCAAGGCUGAUUAACAUCACUUCUUGACUCCUGCAUAAACGAAGAGUUCAGAUCCCCACUUUCACCAAUUCUACAGUGAAGCAUCUGGGUUGUCUGAGAAAAGUCAUGUUUUGCUAUCAGCCUUCAGAUCCCAUCGAUGUUCCUGCUGUGAGAUAUUCACAGAAUCACAGAAUCUUAGUGGUUGGAAGGGACCUCUGAGAUCAUCAAGUCCAACCACAUUAAAAAAAAAAACAAACCAAACCAAAACGCAAAAAAAACCCAAA